AUGGAGAAUGCAGGCAACAAUGUGAAGGAUAUAAACUUCAAGCGAGACUUCAAAGAAAUUAUGUACGGCUACUAUUCUGACACUGAGAUCCUCGAUAGGUGGCAAUCUUUAAUUCUGGCAUACGAACUGGAGAACAACUACUGGGCAAAUUGCAUAUUUCAGAAAAGGGAAAGUUGGGCCGAAACUUAUUUGCGUGGCAAGUUUUGUGCAGGCAUGCAAACCACCCAAUGUAGCGUGUUAAUGAAUAGAACAAUCAGACAAUUCCUAAAAAGUACGAUGUCUCUCACAGAUUUUGUAUCAUUGGUAGACUACGCCAUUAACAAGCUGCGCCAAAAAAAUUUGCAAGAUGACUUCUCCACACGACAUAGUACACCUUCUUUGCCACGUGCAGAUAUUCUCAAACCAUACUAUCAACAUGCUGCCGCUAUGUUCACUAGAAGAAUUUAUACAAGAAAGGUCUCUCAGGAAUUAAAGCUCAUACAUGCAUACACUGUUACACAAGUUGAUGAGAUCGACGACUAUAAAAAUUUCUCAUCCCAAACGGAGACUCAGAGCACAACAUUGUACUUCGCAUCUUUGACGGUCAUCUAA